AUGGAGGAAGACGAACCUCCCACCCGUCGCAAAACGGCGAUCGAGAUCCCUCUCCGGUCAGAGCGAAAGUAUGUCCCCGGCUUAGGGCCCGCCCUCCCUCAGAUCUCGCUCCUUCCUGUUCACGACUCGACCGGUUACAUAAUCGACCAGUUUGUCCUUCCCACGGAUCAGGACAUGAAGCCAGAUUCUCGCCGUCUACUUCACUAUCACAUUGGCUUCACCGACCUGCCUGCGGCGAAGCUACUUGUGCCUUGCCACAAGGUGCUCGACUACAUCUCCCCGCGCGAGCUCGAGGAGUGGGAGUCCCGCAAUUUCGAGAGACUUGACGCACAGAGAAAGACAGCAGAGUUGGCUCUGAAAGAGAAAAAAAUGGCAAAGAAGAAGGCCGCCGUCAUUGCUGAAGGCAAACGACCAGUCGGCAGACCCCCCAAAACCAAACCCCGCGCCUCUCGCUCGACCGCUUCGACCACCCAAGCGAGCGAAGCCCUCACCAUGGUAGAGCAGGUAGCUGGACCGUCUCUUUCAACACCGAAGAAGAGAAAACUGAGCAUGGCAUUGGAGAGGGAGGACACGGUUAGUGACGUGGAGUCCGACGAAGCCGCCAUCCAAAGACAACUGCAUCCAGAUUUUGUGAAUGAUCAAAAGUGGCAGCUCCGCGACGCGGAAAAGGGUCAAUGGGCCGGAAAGUCUGAAGCAGAGCCAAUCGGUCAGUCUGGUCUACCUUCCUUCGAAACAUCGGGUGCCAAAACAUCGCAAGCCAGCAGUUUGGCACCAUCCCGGCGAGGUGUGCUACCUCCUCUCUCACAGCCAUUGCCACCUGGACGGAAAGAGACGCCCAUCCCCCCACCAAAUCUCUAUCAGCAUUCCCUCCCAUCAAAGGCCAAAACAGGCGUCACGGCGAUUCCUAGACCGAAACAAACGCCCAUUCCUCCUCCUAUUCCAGGACAGGCAUCAGGUCUUUCUACUAAAUCUAAACACAAACCUGCGACUCCGGCACAGACGUGUCCAGCUAUUCCUGGAAACAUUCACCCGGCUUUCGCUGCGGCUUUUGGCGCACGCACCGAAGCAAAGGUUGGGUCUCGGAACGGUGCGGCAGAUCCCAAGACACCCAAGUCAACUCCUGCUAAAUCACAUGGAACGCAGCAGUCGAAGACGUCUACUCCAGCUCGGCGAGCUGAGCCGCUCAAGAUCGCCCAAUGGACCCCAGUGGCCGUGAGCCGGGGUCGUUUCAGCCGAACUACCCCCGGCUCCUCCUCCACCGCAUCGGUAUCCCAAGAUCAAAUCCAAGAGACUGGAUCCCAAAAAAGCGAAAAGAAGGCGCCUAAACCCAGAAAGCGAAAGGCACCAGCAUCACAGGAAGAGGUCUACGAUGUUAAGGAGCUCCUAGACGACCGGUGGAUCACCGAGAAAGGAAAGAAAACACACAAAUACCUCGUCCUCUGGGCAGGUCAGUGGCCGGAAGGCCAGAAUCCCACUUGGGAGCCGGCGGACAACAUUGAGGAUAAGGAACUCAUCCGCCAGUAUCACGAGAAGAAAGCCUUGGGCAUAGUGAGGCCGCCUCCUGAGAAGAUGCAAAAGACUUUGCGUUCUUAUAUCCUGACGGGGAAGCAGUACAGCUCCGUUGCUGAAGCUUUUGAGGACGGUCUCGACAUGGUAGAGCCCAGCAAUCAUCAGGGGAACGAUGAGGAGGAGGAUGUGGACAUGGACAAGGAGGAGUUCCUCAAGGUGGUGGAUAAUCUCCAUCCGCAGUACGCGAAGAGCUUGAGCUUUCAUGUCAAGAAGGAGAAGGAGGGAGGGGGUGCGAGUGGCAAGGUGGUCGACGCAUCGUUCUCGGCGUUUGAUGCCAGUCUUGCUCGGUAUCAACAGAGCUUUAAGGGCGCGCCUCGUGGAGCUUUUUAG